AUGCCUCACAAGCAGAAGAAGAAUCCUAGCAAUGUCCAUAAAAACGGCUCUCCCCGAGCGGAGAGGAAGCAGUCGACGCCGAAUACCACUCCGCUUGCUCAGCCCGGACUAGCGACGACGAAUUACCGGGAGAUCCACCAGAAUGAGGCCGAGGCGUUACGCUCGAUCUAUGGUGAUGACUUUGAAGAUAUUGAGCACAGGCCUUCCGCCUGGCAGCAAUCGGCCGAUGUGGCCUUCAAGCUUCAUCUACGUGCUUCGUCAAAUCCUGAGGUCCGUGUUGAUUUGCUAGUUGAGCUGCCAACGACAUAUCCCAAAACGUAUCCGAAUCUUUCGCUGGGUAAUUCGGAGAACAUUCGUCACAGGGCUAGAUUAAAAAUUCAAGACAUUAUUCGAAACAAACCGAAAGAGCUGCUCGGCUCUGAGAUGAUCUAUGAACUCGCCGUGUCGAUACAGGACGUUCUCGAGGAUGUUGCACAGGCACAGGCCCAGGAUAAGGACCUACCAAGUUUAGAAGAGGAACGCAUGGUGCAAGAAGCUGCUGCCAAUCAGCGUGCAGAGUUGGAACGGCAAGAAGAGCUUCGAAAACAGGAGGCGGCCACAGCGGAAGAGGAGCGAGCUCUGCAGCAGCUGUUGGAGGAUAAACUCAGAGAGCGCACGAAGGCUCGACUCUCCAGGCGAAAGAGUAGGUCUUCCGGUACAGGCCUGUCCGGCUCUGUCGAUGCGGUUGACCACUUUCCCGACGCCAUUACUUUUGAUCCACCAUUAAUCAUAAACGACACAAAUGAACAACCGCUAGCCUUUAGUGCUGUAUUUGGGAAGACGCUUCUACAGAGCAGUCCAGGAAAGCAGACGUUCACAGUCAGACCCGUGGUGUCCGAGAGCCGCUCGCAUGCACCUCUUAUCGUCCUGAAAGAACUUUCUCUCGAUGGGAGUGGGACGGCAUCGAUUUGUUUCCGGGAGCGAAUGCGUGCCAGUGAGGACAAACUAGAGGCUCUGAAAAGACUUCGGCACCCCAAUCUUGUGGAUUUUAUUGGUUUCAAGAUAUAUAGGCCCUUAGACUCCUUCGAUGCCCGAGACAGCACGUGGAGAGUAUAUCUUCUUCUUGAAUAUGCGAACAAAGGCUCCCUAUCCGAGUUCCUGGACAUCGUGGGGAGCGUGUCGGUGGAAAUUAUCCGUGGUUGGAUGAUCCAAUUGCUCGAAGCUCUUGAGUUUUACCAUCGCAGCGGACUUGUGCAUGGGGAUAUCCACUGCGGACGCAUUCUGCUUUUCAGGAACCCGCAAGGCGCUACCAUUGUAAAGCUGCAAGGAAGCAUUGAAGAUGCGCUCCCGGAUACGGAGAACAGCAAGAGAGCCCUGACGAUCUCAAAGUCACCCUUCUGGAUGCCUCCCGAGCUCAUACAAGACAGUACGCCUCCAACAAUGAAAACUGAUGUAUGGGACAUGGGUAUAGUGUUUCUGCAGAUGGCGUUUGGUAAGGAUGUCUUGCAGCGGUACACAUCAGCGAACGCACUCAUGGGAACAUUGGGUUUAUCAGCACCUUUGCAGGACCUGCUGCAUGAGUUUUUCAGACCAGACCCGAAGAAGCGCCCCACCGCUUUCCAACUCCAACCCUUCGAGUUCUUCCGGGUCGACACACCUUUGAUUGCUCGCACGAACUUUGAUGAAGCGGGGCGCCUGGGAAAAGGUGGCUUUGGACAGGUUGUAAAAGCCCGGAAUAAGCUUGAUGGCCGGUUUUAUGCUAUCAAAAAGAUUUCUCAAAGGUCGGCCUCGGCCCUCAAAGAUACUCUAUCGGAGAUUAUGCUGCUCUCGCGACUCAAUCACCCAUACGUGGUUCGCUAUUUCACUGCAUGGCUGGAGGAAGAGUAUGAUCAGAUCGACGAAGAAGCUAUCUCAUCGACGGAGGGAGACCCCUUUGCUAGUCGGGACGCAAACGGCUUUGACUAUAGCACUGGAGGGCUUGACUUUAUCAGCUCGAGCGGUUAUCCCAAGAUCGAGUUUGCUUCUGACAGUGACGACGAACAUGAGGCAAGCCUAUCUCAAGGAGGUGGAACAGAGUCUUAUGACGGGUAUCGCGAGGAGAGCGCCGCGGGGACUGAGCUAAGUCGAGUCAGGUCCGGUUCCCAUGGAAGAGCCCAUCUUACAACGCUAUAUAUACAGAUGGAGUAUUGCGAGAAACAUACUCUUCGCGACUUGAUAAAGAACGGCUUGUACGAUGACAUCGAUCGGUCAUGGCGACUGUUCCGUCAAAUUCUUGAUGGGCUCAGUCAUAUCCACAGCCACGGCAUUAUACACCGCGAUCUGAAACCAGACAACAUAUUUAUUGAUGUGGCAAGCAACCCAAGAAUUGGAGAUUUCGGCCUGGCGACCAGUGGGCAGUUUACCACCGCUGUGCGCUCCUCGACUACCGCCGAUUUUGAAGGCAACCUUACCCGAAGUCUUGGGACUACUUACUAUGUCGCUCCGGAGAUGAAGUCUGGCUUCGCGGGUCACUAUAACGAGAAAGUCGAUAUGUACUCGUUGGGUAUAAUAUUCUUCGAGAUGUGCCACCCUUUGCCUACGGGUAUGGAGCGCGACCAGACUCUACGGGCGAUUCGAGAAGAACAUCAUAUUCUUCCACCGACUUUCCAGUACUCGGAAAAAGCAGUGCAGGGAAGCAUUAUCGAAUCUCUAUUGAGUCAUAACCCAAAGGAACGACCAUCUGCCUCGGAACUUCUUCAGAGCGGCAAGAUUCCUCUCCAGGUUGAAGAAGAGACGUUUAGACGAGCGAUCGUGCAUCUCCUCUCUGAUCCGAAUGCCCCCGACUACAAGAAGAUACUUUCGGCCAUCUUCUCGCAAUCGCCCAAAAAAUAUGAAGAUAUUGCCUGGGAUGUGGACUCCCGUGCUGCUCCUGCUGCCAAUGAGUUACUCGUUCAGAGUUUAGUCAAAGAGCGACUGACCGCUAUAUUCCGCAGACAUGGGGCGGUUGAGACCACUAGGCAAAUGCUGUUCCCUCGGUCCCAACACUACAGAAGCGGGGCCGUUCGACUGCUUGACGCGUCGGGUAAUCAGCUUCAGCUACCAUUCGACCUCACCUUGCCGAACGCACGGUCUAUCUCUAGACAGGAUCCCUCACUGGAGAAAACAUUCGCUUUCGGCACAGUCUAUCGAGAGAUGCCCCAUGGCAGCGAGCCCAGAACUCACAAAGAAGUUGACUUUGAUAUCGUAUCGCACAAUACUCUUGACCUGGCGUUGAAAGAAGCGGAAGUUAUCAAAGUGCUCGAUGAGAUCAUUGAAGAGUUCCCGCCGCUCAGGUCGUCGCCGAUGAGUUUUCUCAUCAAUCACUCCGACCUUCUGCAGCUCAUCAUGGAGUUCUGCCGCAUCACUCCCUCUCAGGUGCCGUUGGUCAAGGAAGUUAUCAGCAAGUUGAAUUUUGGCAAAUGGACGAUGCAGAAGAUCAGAAGUGAACUCCGAUCGCCAGCCAUCGGAGUCGCCUCUACAUCGUUGGACGACUUGGCCAGAUUUGAUUUUAGAGACACUCCUAAGCAGGCUCAAAACCGGCUUAGGUCCAUCAUGGAAGGUACCGAGUUCGCUGAGCGACUGUCGCCCAUUUUCGCUCGCAUAAACAUACUCGUGACGUACUUGCAAGGCUUCGACGUCAAACGGAAGGUCUAUGUCAAUCCUCUUGGAAGUCUGAACGACAAGUUCUUCAGAGGCAGCAUCCUUUUCCAAUGUGUUUUUGACACUAAGCGGCGGGACGUCUUUGCAGCUGGUGGUCGCUAUGACCGGUUGGUGCAAGAAUUCAGCCCGAAGGGUCGAACGGGCUGCUCUCAAACACAUGCAGUUGGCUUUAAUCUGAGCUGGGACAGACUCGGCUCGGCUAUGCUCGAGUAUCUCAGAAGUACGACGAAAGCGCCUACCAAACAUGCUGAAUCGGAUGCUGGGGCUUUCUGGAAGACCAGGAGGUGUGACGUGCUCGUUGCAAGCUUCGACGCGACAGUGCUGCGCACAAUGGGUGUCAAGCUUGUGCAGGAUUUAUGGGCUAGUGAUAUCAGCGCUGAAUUGGCCGUCGACGCGUCGUCAUUGGAAGAACUCCUGUCUGAGUACAAAGAGCACAACCAUAGCUGGAUUGUCAUUGCAAAACAAGAUAGCAAGGAGCGAGGCUUCAAAGUGAGGUGUCUCGCUCCCAAAGAAGAGCUCGACAUCAGGAGCUCCGAACUUAUCCCUUGGCUUCGGAACGAGAUACGUGCACGCAAUCAACGCGAGGGCGGACCCGACCUGCGGCAGUCGCGAUUACCAAGUCAGUCCGACGCGAUUGCUGGAGCUAGUGAAAGAUCGAGCGACGUUCGCAUCUUGGUCUCUCAACACCGGAGCAAGAAGACGAACAGAAGAAACAUCGUCGAGUCUGCUCUCCUUCGUUCUCGGGAGGUAGUCGAGAAGGCAAUCAACGGGCCCAUUGCGGCUAUUGACACUCGAGAUGACCUGCUUGAAGCGAUCAGGGAUACGCGCCUGUCGGAUCCAGAAAGCUGGCGCUCAGUCAUUCAAAGUGCCCCGUUGACUGAGCGGAAGUACCUCAGUCAGGUGCACGAACUACUACUAGACCUUUCCAAUGAAUGUCGCGCGAACGAUGGCCCCGACAGUGUCAGCAAUGCCUUUAUUUACAACUACCGGACGGGGUCGUGUCUGUAUUAUGACCUUGGGCGUGGAAGUGAAAAGUAAUCGUGAAUGAGUGAUGAAGUACCAUGUUAUGUUUUAUUUGUAUUGAAGUUCCAUUUAUUAGGCGUAUGCUGUCUCCUCUCAUUGUUUUGAUAGCGAAUAUACCCGCCAGAUGA